GCAACACUCCAUUCAUUCGUUUGGUACCAUUCUAACGUUUCGGUUCGGUUCUCUCGGUGGCGGCUAACCUCCUUCGACGGUUGUUGUUCUUUAUCAACCACUCAGUGGCUACAAGUAACUAUCCAUACGUGUUUCGUGUCAGUUUGUUUGUUGAACAUCAACAAUGGCCGACUACAACUUUAAAAGUUUGGAUGAUACUCUGGAAAAGUACAUACCCCAGGAUGAGUUGCGUGAAGUCAAACGACUUCUAUAUGGUCGGGCGGACGACAAUGCUAUCAAGUUCUCCGAAGAGACAAUUUUCUUGGCCAAAGAAGUCGGAGUGGAACUGAAAGGGUACACAUUCACCGCCCGCAAGGAAGAUCUGCGGCGUCCAAGAGUUGUCCGGGUCGGGCUGAUUCAGAACUCCGUCGAUAUCCCGACGACCGCUCCGAUUCACGUGCAGCGCGAUGCACUGCACGAAAAGGUUUCUAGUAUUCUAAAGGUCGCUGCUGAUGCCGGCGUGAACAUCAUUUGCUUUCAGGAAGCUUGGACAAUGCCGUUUGCGUUUUGCACUCGUGAAAAGUUCCCCUGGUGUGAAUUUGCAGAAGACGCUGAGAAUGGUCCAACGACGAAGUUGGUUAAAGAGCUUGCCAAACAGUACAACAUGGUUAUCAUUUCGCCGAUUCUCGAACGGGACUCGAACCACAACGACACCAUCUGGAAUACGGCCGUUGUGAUUUCGAACAAUGGCAACUACAUGGGCAAGCAUAGGAAAAAUCACAUCCCCCGGGUUGGGGACUUCAACGAGUCAACGUACUAUUUCGAGGGCAACACCGGUCAUCCAGUUUUCGAGACCCAGUUCGGUCGCAUUGCCAUCAACAUUUGCUACGGUCGGCAUCACCCGCAGAACUGGAUGAUGUUCGGAUUGAACGGAGCGGAGAUUGUUUUCAAUCCAUCGGCGACGAUUGGUGUCCUCAGUGAACCCCUGUGGAGCAUCGAAGCACGGAAUGCUGCCAUUGCCAAUAGUUACUUUACGGUGGCAAUCAACCGUGUCGGAACGGAAGUGUUUCCGAACGAGUUCACCUCCGGAAAUGGACUACCGUCGCACAAAGAUUUUGGUCCAUUCUAUGGGUCAUCCUAUAUUGCGGCACCGGAUGGCACCCGAACACCGGCAUUAUCCCGUGAUAAAGACGGUCUGUUGAUUGCGGAAAUGGAUCUAAACCUGUGCCGACAGGUAAAGGAUUUCUGGGGUUUUCAAAUGACCCAACGGUUGCCGCUCUACGCGGACAGCCUGGCGGAGGCCAUCAAACCGGACUACAAGCCGCAAAUCAUCAAGGAUAAUCAGUAGAAGCAAUAACAAUCCGACCGGAAAUGAUUGUAAAGAAUGUUUAUUCAAUGAACUAUAUAAUCCAGCUGUUUCUUGUUGUAAAA